AUGACCGAAGUCCAGUUUGCAAAGUCCUUCCUGGGAGCGCUCGACGGUCGUCCCGUCAAGCUCCAGGCCGACUACAUUGAGGAUCCCAAAAGCUAUCCGUCACGGCCACCGUACACACUUCCCCGUAUGCCGAAGCCGAUGAAGAAGCCCGCGUCCGCCUCCAGCAGCACCAGCGCACCGGGCCAGGCCCCCGCCAUCACCGUCUCCAUCAAGUCGCUCCACCGCACGCAGCCGCUCGACGUCGUACUGGCGAGGCCCGCGUACGCUUUUGCGCUGGCGACGACGUCGCUUCUGGACGUGCGGACUGCGCUCUCCGAAACAUCGCACGUCCCUGUGGACAAGCUGCGUCUGCUGUACAACAAGAAGCCGGUAUCAGACAGCAAGGUGCUCAAGGACCUGGUCGCAGAUGAAUCCGAAACGGAAAUCAAGCUGGGCGUGAUGGUGGCCGGCGGUGCCGAGACAGUAGCAGCGGCGGCUGAGGCGGCGGCAUCCGUGGCAGCUGCACAAGCCAAGGCGGCGACGGCACCAACGGACGGACAGGAAACACCGACGGCCAUUGCAGCCGAGAGCGAGGCUUUCUGGAACGACCUGCGCGGGUUCUUGGUGAAGCGGACAGGGAGCAAGACACAGGCAGACGAACUGUUUAGUUUGUUUUUGCGGUCGUGGGAGGAGCGGAUGAUAUGA